UCACACUCUGGUCACCACAGCUAUGGCUUCACGAUGGAAACACUGCUGCAUCCUCAUCCUCUCUCUCCUUCUCCUCCGUCUACAAUCGUCUGCCUGCCUCGACGAACAACCUGCUGACAGUGCUGCUGUCUCUCCAGUCUAUGAUAAAGGGAUAGCACAGAGCGAUGGAGGGGUGUGGAUAGAAGACCGUUUGGUACCUGCAGACGACCGAUUGCAGCUUCCUAUCCAGUCUCCAGAUGUAUCACGGAGGAAGUUACUUCAGACGCCAGGAGCUGCACUUCCGUUCCCUCCCCUCAAGGUGUUGUCCAAUGGGGAGCCCUGCUUCCUGUUCCAGGCCAGGAAGCUGUCUGUCCGCUAUGAGAAGGAGAAGCAGCUGGACCUGACGGAGAGAGCCUUUUCUCCUCAUAUACCUGUCGACACCAGCCAGUCCAUCUGCCGACAGGACAAGGCCACGUUGGUCAUGAGGUUUGGGGAUGUGGAAAAUUUGAGAGGCCUGUCCAUCAGGCUGCAGCUGUCCAACACUUUCUACGAGUCUUCGGGUCAGUGGUGGUUCUCGGUGGACAACGUCUCUCUGCUGUACAACACCUCUGAGGAGGCUGUGUUCAACGCCAGCGAUGUGUACGCUCCAUCCUCCUCCUCCUACCACUGCCUCCAUGUAAGUAGCCUGAAGCGCUACAGCGCCCUGCUGCUGCCCAGCACCGACCACGCCCACCGCUGGUCCAUCACCUUCACCAACUUCCAGAUUCAGGCGUUCAACAUCACCUCUGGUAAAUUUUCUCCUGCGACUGACUGCGCCACCUUUCUGACACCGGCCAUCCUGAUGGGCCUCAUCACUUCCCUCAUCCUGCUGCUGGUCCUGGCCUACGCCCUGCACAUGGUCAUCCACCUGAAACAUAUCGAGCAUGACGACGAACACAAGGACGACGUCUACUUCCCCCAAAACACUGAACAAUGCUGUGUGGAAAACUUUGCUGAGAAAAAUAUUCUGUAGAGUAGCCAUGGAGAUAAUUAGACACUUCAAAAAGAGUCACAGCUGAUUUGAUGCUAACAACUGGCACCAAACCUCUGGUGUGAUGGUAUACUUUCAGCUCAGGAUCAGAUUUUUAAAUAUAUAUUUCUAGUUUUUUUAUUUGCCUAUUUGUGAGUUUCUGUAGGCCUAUUUGUAUUUAUAACAAAUUUAAUAAAAAUAUGGGUAAAAAAAUAUAUUUUGUUUUGUUCCGUUUCCCUCUUUGUAGUAGGUAAUUUUC